AUGACUCGUGGUAGAAUACCUCAAAACCCUGAAGGUGGUAUCAAUCAGGAGAAUCAUAAUUCCCUGAUGGAUGGAGGAUUAGCUGAAACUGAAGAGUUUGACAACAGAUUCUUUCCAGACUCUGUCAAACAACUGAAAGCCCUGGAGUUUGCGUCCUUAACACAAGGUAGUUUGACUGUAGAGCAGUAUGCCGCUAAAUUCAUGGCAUUGGGAAGAAUAGAGAAUUACCAAGAGUUGGUAAAUGUAGCGGCGAUAGCAGAGGCUGAGCAGAAGGAAUUGGCGAUCCAGAACAUGACCGAUCGAAAGAGGGCCAUGCCAUUUACUACAAGCAGUAGUGCUGAGAAAAAGAGGCCUUUUUCUAGUCCGGAGAAAGGCAAGGGAAUAAUGAUAGGAGGACAGAAGCCGUCCUUGUAUUCACCAUGCCCUAAGUGUGGUAAGCUUCAUCCUGGAGAAUGUUACAGGGGAUAUGGAGUCUGUUACCGAUGCGGAAAACCAGGACAUAUGAUUAGAGAUUGUCCUAACGCCAAGCAAGGUAGUGGAGCUGGUGAUCGCAAGCCAAGGCCCCACAUCCCGGCACGCGUGUAUGCAGUAACACCAGGUGAUUUUGAUGUUGACGCACUUGAAACUGAUGAAGCUGGCAUCAUGACUGGAAGGGUUAAUUUGUUUAGGUUCUCGGCAUGUGCACUAUUCGAUUCAGGUGCGUCACAGUCCUUUGUGUCUGCAGCGUUUGCACGAAUUUGUAGUUUACAGACUGAACUCUUACCACGACGGGUUGUAGUAUUAAUUCCCGAUGGGAAUACAGUAUCUUGUACCCGUUUAGUUAAGGAUUGUCCGUUAGAGCUAGAAGGAAGGACACUGAAGGCUAACUUGUUAGUAUUCGGUCAGAUGGAAUUCGACCUGAUUUUGGGGAUGGACUGGCUUUUCAAGCACUACGCUAAGAUAGACUGUCGAAAACGAGAGGUUGUGUUUGAACCUCCAACUGAAGACAGGAUGAGUUACGCAAGAACAUCAGUUAAGGCCACCCCACCUUUGAUCUCGGCGUUGCAAGUUAGGAAGUGUAUCGAUAAUGGAGCCUCAGCAUUUCUAUUGAUAACUGUAGAGGAGACAACCAAAACUAUAGGAAUCCAAGGGAUACCUGUGGUUGAAGACUUUCCUGAAGUUUUCGUUGAUGAGUUACCUGGUUUACCACCGGAUAGAGAAGUAGAAUUCCAAAUAGAGUUGGAGCCGGCAAAAACUCCGACUCACAAGGCGCCGUAUCGUAUGGCCCCUACCGAAUUGAAGGAGCUCAAGCUACAAUUGGAGGAACUUUUGGAGAAGGGUUUUAUCCGCCCCACUAACAGUCAAGGAUCAAGAUGUGCUGAAAACUGCCUUUAG